ACAUUGUUAACAAAUGCAUGCAUCUGUAUAUAAGUGGAUCACUAGUUGGCUACUUGGCUUUAAGCAAAUGUCACAGAUGAAGGAAACUGUGUUUGCUACAAGAAUGGGAGGCGGAUUUCUUCGGCUUUUGGUGGUGCUACUAGCAUUUUCUCAGCUUCUCAGCUUGAAUGCUGUUCCUGUCACAAGAACGCGAAGUCUUAUGCACGACCUUGGCCAUGUUGUUUCGGAGGAUAAUCAGGUACACAAAGGAGAAAAAAGAGGUGUAAUUGGAAGAAUGAACAUCGAGCUCAACGACUAUCCAGGAUCCGGAGCUAACAACAGGCAUACCCCGAGAAGAGGAGGCUGCAUCGAGUGUUGAAUGUCUUGUGAUGAAGCACUAGUGUGUAGCAAAAUAUGUGUACUGGUAGCUAUAAUCAAAAUUCAUUGUAAUGCCUGCUAGAACAUUUAGAUCAGACCUUGACGUCUGGGCAAAAUCAGGAAGCGUUUAGAUUGUAUGAUAAUGAUGAGACCCCGUGGAUAAUCGAUAUCUAUAUAUUUAGUCAUUUUCUUUUGUGUCA